UUAUAUAGCGUUGACUCAGAGCACCGCGCGCACUCGCUGCAUGAAUGAGCGCGCGGAAGACACUGCAGACACUUUCAGCGCAGCACAGCUGCACGAGGAUUUCAAAGCCAUUAAACGAGAUGUGUUAUAGAAAAUAAACAUAAGCAAGAAAAGUAACACGACUAUAGACAAAUCUAAGAACCUUUUCACAGCAAGACUGAGUGGUAUAUUGGGACAGUAUGCAUUGUCAAGCAGAGGUGAGACUCGCGAACAGCGUGCAGCUGAAAGCAGCCAGAAGACGGUACAAGACUUUCAUGAUAGACGAGAUCCUCUCCAAGGAAACUUGUGAUUACUUCGAGAAACUUUCUCUUUACUCUGUGUGUCCCUCUUUAAUCGUCAGACCCAAACCUAUGCAUUCAUGCUCGGGCUCCACUCCUCUGAGAACGUACCCUCUCCUCUCCGUGAUCACGCACCAGCCUCCCAAUAGCAUCCCGCAGCUCUCUCAAUCUUCUCCUCACGGUCGGGUCCCGCACCUGUCCCUGCUCUCCCCCCAACACCCGCUGACCUCAGAGUCCACGCUCAGCGAGACGCCUGUCAGCAUCAGCAGCGAAUCAGAGACGGAGCACUCCACCUCACGACUGAAGAAACCCCGCCGCAGUCGCACCAUCUUCACUGAACUUCAGCUCCUGGGCCUGGAAAAGAAAUUUCAGAAACAGAAAUAUCUGUCCACUCCAGACAGAUUGGACCUGGCUCAAUCUUUGGGUCUCACGCAGCUGCAGGUGAAGACAUGGUACCAAAACAGACGCAUGAAAUGGAAGAAAAUGGAAACAAAAGAAGAUAUUUUGAAGAAGGUGCUUAAAGGAGGACACGAGGCUCCUACCAAGCCCAAAGGCAGACCAAAGAAAAACUCCAUCCCGACCACAGAAGAAAUUGAGGCGGAGGAACGGCUGGCGGCGCAGCAAGAGAGGUUACUAGCAGAAGGGCAAGGGGAGGUCUUCCAGUCUCACCCUCAGGAUCUGAGCACGUCUGCUACGCCAACAGACUCCGUCUGUUCAUCCGGACCAGAGACCCAGGAUCGAGAAGUGGCCUCGCCCUCUCUGUCAGAAGCCAUGACGACCAGCUAAACGCAUGGCCUUGCUAAUGCACAACCAAAGACAGCUACUGAAAGACUGUGUAUUUGAUGCUCUGUGGACUUGAGGAGUUGAAGGGCUCAGUAAGCCUGUGUUUGCGUUGGAUGCAGUGGCUACAAAAAUGAAUUGAACCAAUUUGGCGUGUUGACAAUGAGUGCGAAUGUCAUUGCAUACGAAGACAAAAGCGUACACUUUCAUUAUUAGGAUAGCAAAGCACAACUAUAAAGAAUAACAUUUUCUGGUUUUAAAUGAGAUCCACCUGGUUAAAAAUUAUAGGUAAAAAUGGUUCAGAAAAGAAAACAAUUUUGUGAAAAAGUCCAGCAUGGUUGGUUUGCAUACAUUUUUUACACAAAAUUGUAUGUUUUUCAUGUUAUUUUACAGUUAUCUUGUAAACUCGCUGUGUUUCUGUAAUUUUACAUUUACUAACCGUAUUUCAAAAACACAUCAAAGAAACGGUUAAAUAAAUCUCUGUAAAAUUACAGUUUAUGUACAGGUAGAAGAAAUCUUAUCUAAUGCAAUGAAGUUCAAAAAUUUGUAAGCGUGACAAGACGGCCAAAUAUUUUGGGGGGCAACUAUUACAUUGUAAUACUGCUUUAACUGAUUCUGUCAAACAGCUGCCUUUCUCAAAUGUGUCAGUAUUUUAUAAUGUGUAUGUAUAUGGUUUAAAAGACAUUAAUAUGCUGCCAGACUCACUAACAUAAAACUGAAUCACACAGACUCUCUCACACCGGUACAAGCAUGUUCUGUAUAGGCAAACAGUAAGUGUUUAUUUUUUCUGGGUAAAUUCCACUUUCCCUGUAAAUAUUACCUGUUUAAAUGCCACUGUAGUUUACGGGGCACCUGUGUACUGUAGCUAAGUGCCAAAACGUAUAUAUCUGAGAAGCUAAAAUUUCCCCCUUUUUUCUUUACACAUCUAUGAAGCUGCUGCCAUUAAAACUUAACAGGACGGGUUAGUAUGAAUACCAGUGUAAACAUGUACAGAGAUCUGGAUUUCACAUGAGAAACUGUUGCACUUUUCAAAGCAGGAUCGGCCAGUUUGGGUAUAGCUUAACUUUAUCCAUUAACAUUUUAAUGGACAAAGACACUGUCAACUGAGAAAGGAAAAGGUAAAUAAAUAUGGCCAACGAUAUUGAUUUAAGCAGAGCUUUUAAAGUGGCCUCUCUACGCUGAUGUUUGAAAAGCAAAAUAAUUUCGAUUGUGCUUUUCAUGUGUAGCAUGCAUCAAUUGGAUUGUAUCUGAACUGAAUCCAUCAAAUCACAAUUUUGUAUGUCUAACCUUUGCACAGCCAUUGGUACUAGUCUUUGAGGCUGAAAUACAUGAUACAUUGGCUAACAGAUGUAUCAUGCUAACUGUUGUAUGCUUCUUUUUUUAUUCCCUUUGUGAGAAAGAAAAACUUGAACCCUUUCCCCCAUUCUGUGGUGCGGUGCAGUAUAACGCCAUUAAGUGCAGACUGACUUUAUUACUUUAAGAAAAACUACUUAAUCUGUCAGAGACGCAAAGCAAUUAAUAAAUCACAUGAGUACAACCUGCAAAAACUGCCAGAAAUGAAAGUCUGGGACAUAUGGAAGCCCGCAGGUGCUCUGCACAUGCCCCAAUUUUACUGAGUGACAGAGUCUGCACAGCACGUACAUGCCAUAAGAUCUGAUGACGUCCAACCGUAGCUGCCUUUUACAAACACUUUAUUUGUAAAGUUUUAUUUUCUUCUCUGUUUGGCUAACACAUGCUGAAUAUAUUCCUUUGAUAUGAAACACUAAUCUUGGUGUAUAUACUGAGUAGCAUUUUGUGAGCGAAUAAUUUUGUAUUCUGUUUUGUAGAAGACUUUAGAUAUUUGAGGAAAAUCAAUUUUUUCACCCAUGCUUUCUGAUAUUUUUAUCGUAUGUGUGUGCGUGUUUGCAUAUUUAAUAACAUUUAAUAAAGAUGACAUUAAUUUUG